GUUGGGUAAGGACCGGCCAAUUGUAGUCGACGGUCAAGGUGGACCGGUUCCCACCUAAUCUGGCCGUCAAAUUACCCUACGGCGUCACCGAAGUUCGAUUCUUGGUCCUUUCCUUCCCCGUCCUUUUCUCGUGGAAUCCAUCGGAGCAUCGUAGAUUUCGGCAGGAAGUGAAAUCGUGGAAGGACGCUUCGAGGCAGGAAAAUAUGGCUUCUUGCAGCUGUUAUGCUCUGGCUUCUCCAUCUGCAUCCAUCAAUUCAACCAAGCCCCGGCGUCCCUCUCCCAAUGACCUUCUUCCUGCUUCAAGAGUUUCGUCAUUUAAAUCAAAGCCCCCCCAUUUUCCUCUUCAUCUAGACCAGAAUCUGUCGGACAACAACUAUUUUAGGAAAUCGAAAGUUGCUCAUGAUUUUAUGGCUCUUGCGUCAGGGGGAAAUUCUGAGCCUUUGAAGGUAAUGAUAUCGGGAGCUCCUGCUUCUGGCAAGGGAACUCAAUGCGAACUUAUUACUAAGAAGUUUGAUUUAGUGCACGUAGCUGCUGGAGAUCUUCUCAGGGCUGAAAUUGCUGCUGGAACAGAGAAUGGGAAACGAGCCAAGGAAUUUAUGGAGAAGGGGCAGCUCGUCCCAGAUGAAAUAGUUGUUGUGAUGGUAAAGGAACGUUUAUCAAUGCAAGAUUGUCUAGAGAAUGGGUGGCUUUUGGAUGGAUAUCCAAGGAGUGUAUCCCAAGCUACUGGUCUCAAGACAUUUGGGUUUGAACCAGAUGCAUUCAUUCUUCUUGAAGUCCCUGAAGACAUCCUUGUUGAGAGAGUUGUUGGCCGAAGACUAGAUCCUGUUACGGGGAGGAUAUAUCAUCUUAAAUACUCACCUCCAGAAACUGAAGAAAUUGCUGCAAGAUUGACUCAACGGUUUGACGACACUGAAGAAAAGGUUAAGUUGCGUCUGCUCACUCAUAACAGUAAUGUGGAAGCAGUGCUAUCCUUGUAUGAAAACAUAACAGUGAGAGUGGAUGGAAGUCUUCCCAAAGAAGAGGUCUUUGCUGAAAUUGACAGUAUUUUGACAGAGCUUAUUAAGAAAAAGGAGACCACAUUUGAUUCACUCUCCACAUAGCACAAGCUCAAUUAGGAAGUGCGGAUAAUAACGGAGUUACUGCAAAGCCGGAGGUAAACAUGUUUCAUUGAUCAGAUGUCGAGGGAAUACAAAGAAUACCUCCCCAUUGUACACGAAUGUGUCACUUUAUGCAAAAUUGGAAUGAGUUCAUCAAUAAUACAUGCGGAAGCUAUUUGUGCA